UGAAUAGACGAAGACAAAGGCUACCGGAAACCGGACUCCAUAGUUUUCGUCAAAUGGCUGAUUUGUGUUCACGGGAAAUCGUUUGUUUUCUCCAAACGUUUACGUUCAGUUUUUAAAAGUCUUUUCCGCGAGCUUUUUCAUGGAUAUGUAUUUAUGUUUACUAAACAUGCGUCGCGAUCUGGAAAUAGUCGUUACGAAGACCUGGCGGUGCAAAUACAGCGACCGUUUUAUUUACAUGCGGCCCCCGCCGGCAGAAGACCAGACCAGACUAACAACUUAGCUAAGCUAACGAGCCGCUCUUAGAAAUGGACAUCCACGUCUCGAGCCUCUUCCCGGAGAUCUUAGCGAUGAUUUUCAACUACCUGGACGUUAAAGGCAAAGGCAGAGUCGCGCAAGUAUGCACGGCGUGGAGAGACGCCUCGUACCAUAAAUCCGUCUGGAGAGGAGUAGAAGCCAAACUCCACCUGAGAAGAGCAAACCCAUCGCUGUUCCCCAGCCUCCAAACCAGAGGCAUCAAGAAAGUCCAGAUCCUCAGCCUGAGGCGCAGCCUUAGCUAUGUUAUCCAGGGCAUGCCCAACAUCGAGAGCCUUAACUUGAGCGGAUGCUACAACCUGACGGAUAACGGCCUCGGACAUGCAUUCGUGCAGGAUAUCCCGUCACUGAGGGUACUCAACCUGAGCCUGUGCAAACAGAUCACCGAUUCCAGUUUGGGCAGGAUCGCGCAGUAUCUAAAGAACCUGGAGCUGUUGGAUCUCGGCGGGUGUAGUAAUAUCACCAACACGGGGUUGUUGCUUAUCGCUUGGGGCCUUCAUAAUCUCAAAAGCCUGAAUUUGAGAAGCUGCAGACACGUUUCGGAUGUAGGCAUCGGACACCUGGCCGGCAUGACGCGCAGCGCCGCGGAGGGCUGCUUGAGUUUGGAGCACCUCACGUUGCAGGACUGUCAGAAACUCACUGACUUGUCGCUCAAGCACAUUUCUAAGGGCCUAAACAAGCUGAAAGUCCUAAACCUGAGCUUCUGCGGUGGCAUAUCCGACGCUGGCAUGAUCCACCUGUCGCAUAAGACCCACCUCUGGACUCUUAACUUGCGCUCGUGCGAUAACAUAAGCGAUACAGGAAUCAUGCAUCUCUCCAUGGGCGCUCUGAGGCUUUACGGGCUGGAUGUGUCGUUUUGCGACAAAGUGGGCGACCAGAGCCUGGCUUACAUCGCGCAGGGCUUGUACCAGCUCAAGUCCCUGUCGCUUUGUUCGUGCCACAUCAGCGACGACGGGAUCAACCGGAUGGUCCGGCAGAUGCACGAGCUCAAGACGCUGAACAUCGGCCAGUGCGUGCGGAUCACGGACAAGGGCCUCGAGCUCAUAGCGGAUCACCUGACGCAGCUGACCGGGAUAGACCUGUACGGCUGUACCAAAAUAACGAAAAGAGGACUGGAGAGAAUCACCCAGCUGCCCUGCCUUAAGGUGUUGAACUUGGGACUUUGGCAAAUGACCGAGGUCAAGGGUUUAGGAGACGCGUCUGAGAUCCUGCCCUGCUACACCUCCUAACUACCUCAGCGUCGCCAGCGAUGUCUUGUUUUUCUAGAGACGUGUGUUAUUUAUUGAAGACGCACAGUCGCGCCGUCACGUACUUUGUUACUAAGCCUGUUCGGGAAAGAGGCUUGAUGUAGUUCAAAUUGAAUCAGCAAUAAAACACUGAACAGCCUUCCUAAUGGUAUAGUCUGAGUUCUGACAGUUCCCUUGAAUGCCUUUGUGUUUUUCUGUACUUUGUUUUAGAGCUUCAUAUUGAGGUAAAAUGUCUUUUAUUCUCAUUUCCGCUGACAAAUGCUUUUUGUCACUGCCUUUCAGUAUUUAUCCUGAAAUACCAGCAUUAUAUUGUAAGUUGAAGAUAAAAAAUGUUUACCAUGUGCGUGGACACGGACGGAAAACUUACUUGUUGGUUUUAUGUGAUUCCUCCCUGGUAAAAUGGAACAUAUGCAAUUUAAACUUAGUUUAAAAAAAAAAAAGGCCAGUUUGCUUGUUAAAGACCUACAGGAUAUCUGUUUAUUUUCCUAUGAUAAAUGAUUAAAGCUAAAAUUGUUUUUAA